AUGCCGCCCAAGCAGGCUACCCUGGGGAAAUUCUUUGGAAAGAACGGAACGGCGCCGCCUAAGACCCAACAGUCGAAACUUUCUUUCGCGACAAAGGCAAAGACAGAGAAGAAGGUUGUUGAGCCUACAGACGAGCCCGAGUCCUCACCGGAGGCAGUGAAACAGGAGGUCGAGCCCAAGGAGGAACCGGAGUCAUCACCGGAGGCGGUAGAGAAGCAGAAUGGUGAUACUGAUGCUGGGGCGGAAGUGAAGAAGGAGGCGAAUGGAGAUGCUAUGGAAGUCGACAGCAGCCCUCCAGCUGAGGCAGGCAAGAAGAGACAGGCUGAAGAGGAAGAGGAGGACUCGGACGAUGCACCACCGACGAAGAGGGCGCGAGGAAGGCCCGCUAAGGCUGCACCGGCAAAGAAGGGCAAAGCUGCGCCGAAGAAAGCAGAGAAGCCUGUCGCUAGAGCUACCAAGAAGACGAAAAUUGUAGAGCCCGAGGAGGAUGAGGAAGACGAGGAGGUAGCGGCGCCGGCCAAGGUUGCCAAGGGCAAGAAGAACGAGGUAGAGAAGACACCGUCUGAAGAACCCGCGUCGAGCGCAAAAGAGGACGAGGAUGUUCUGAGCUCGGAUGAGGAACCUCCAGAGGUUGCCAAGAAGGCGCGAGAGAAGGUUCAAAGCACAUUGAAGGGUGCGUCGAAAGGUGCAACGAAAGAUCCCUAUCCCGACUGGAAACCCGGCGAGCCAGUCCCAUAUGCAGCGCUUUGCACCACUUUUUCAAAGAUCGAGAUGACAACCAAGCGUUUGGAGAUCCUUGCGCACUGUUCGUUAUUUCUGCGCCAGGUUCUCCGUCUUACACCGCAGGAUCUGCUGCCAACUAUAUUACUUAUGAUCAACAAACUUGCGGCGGAUUACGCUGGAAUCGAACUGGGUAUUGGCGAAUCGCUGAUUAUGAAGGCUAUCUCCGAGAGCACAGGACGAAGCUUGCAGCACAUCAAGCACGACCAAAACGAAAUUGGCGAUCUCGGUCUUGUGGCAGCGAAGAGUCGGUCAAAACAGCCGACUAUGUUCAAGCCGAAGGCUUUGACCGUUGCAGGUGUGCACAAAGGCUUGAUGGCUAUCGCGACCAUAGAGGGACAAGGUGCACAGGGUCGAAAGGUUGAUGGCAUCAAGAAAUUGCUGUCUGCUGCGGAUGCUCACAACGCUGGCAAGGCAGUCGACAUCGAGAAAGACAAAGGUGGGCCUAGUGAGGCUAAGUAUAUCGUACGGACGUUAGAAGGAAAGCUUCGGCUUGGUCUUGCAGAAAGGACCGUGGUAGUCGCUCUUGCUCAGGCAAUGAAGUUCCAUGAAAUGUCACAGGAUGACAAAAUCCCGUCGACAACAGACUUGGCGCAAGCUGAGGCUACCCUGAAGUCUGUUUACAGCGAACUCCCAAGCUACGAGGUCAUCAUUCCCGCGAUGCUCGAACACGGCCUAAGCAGCCUGAAAGACAACUGCCAGUUGCAGCCCGGUGUUCCUCUGAAGCCCAUGUUGGCAAAACCAACAAAGUCGAUUACAGAGGUUCUGGAUCGCUUCGAAGGCAAAGACUUCACGUGCGAAUACAAGUACGAUGGUGAGCGGGCACAGAUACAUUUUGUUGCACACGAUGCUGCACUCGAGAUGGCUACAGCAGCUCCCGCUGCUGGAAAGAGCGAUAAAGGUGUAUCAAACAUCUUCUCACGAAAUUCUGAGGACCUCUCGAAAAAGUAUCCGGACAUUCUCGCUAAGCUUCCUACGUGGGUCAAAGAAGGCACUAAGAGCUUUGUGCUAGAUUGUGAGACGGUGGCUUGGGAUAUAGCAGAAAAGACAGUCUUGCCUUUCCAGCAAUUGCAAACGCGCAAGAGGAAGGAUGUCAAGGCUGAAGACAUCACAGUCAAAGUUUGUGUCUUCGCUUUUGACAUCCUUUACCUCAAUGGCGAAGCUCUCGUCAACAAGUCCUUCCGAGAACGCCGAGAGCAUCUCCUAGGCGCCUUCAACGCAGUAGAGGGCGAAUUUGCCUUCGCCAAGUACGCCAACACCAACGAGCUCGACGAGAUCCAGAUUCUGCUCGAAGACUCCGUCAAGUCAGGCUGCGAAGGCCUAAUGGUCAAGAUGUUAGACGGUCCCGAGUCCUCCUACGAGCCCAGCAAACGGUCCCAGAACUGGCUCAAAGUAAAGAAAGACUACCUCGCUGGCGUUGGCGAUUCUCUCGAUCUCGUUGUCCUGGGCGCGUACUACGGCAAGGGUAAACGUACGAGCUGGUACGGAGCUUUCCUGCUCGCCUGCUAUAACCCCGGGACAGAGAAGUACGAGUCCGUGUGCAACAUUGGGACCGGCUUUUCAGAAGCCAUUCUUGAGACGCUGCACAAGCAGCUGUCUGAGAUUGUCAUCGAUCGACCGAAGCCGUUCUACACGCACAGUUCUGGAAACAAGGACCAGCCAGACGUCUGGUUCGAGCCGCGCUAUGUGUGGGAAGUCAAGACGGCGGACUUGACGCUGAGUCCAAGGUAUAAGGCGGCCGCUGACGAAGUUGCGGGCGGCGGUAAGGGCGUUAGUUUGAGGUUCCCGCGUUUCAUAAAGGAGCGGGAGGACAAGAAGCCGGAUAUGGCGAGUACGAGCCGGAUGAUUGCGGAGAUGUACUCAAGGCAGGAGAGCGUGAGCAAGAAUAAGGGGCCGAGUGUGGACGAUGACUUCGAGUACUAA